UCUGGCACCUCUCUUAGCAGGAUAUAAAGAGAAGCAAUUAGGAGCCUGCAGGUGAGGACCAUGGAUUUUCCAGGACACUUUGAGCAAAUCUUUCAGCAGCUAAACUACCAGAGGCUUCAUGACCAACUUUGUGACUGUGUCAUUGUGGUGGGAAACAGGCAUUUCAAAGCCCAUCGCUCUGUUUUAUCAGCAUGUAGCACACAUUUCCGAGCUCUCUUUACCGUAGCAGAGGGUGAUCAAACUAUGAGUAUGAUUCAGCUGGACAGCGAUGUGGUGACAGCAGAAGCUUUUGCUGCUCUGAUUGAUAUGAUGUAUACCUCUACACUAAUGCUUGGGGAGAGCAAUGUUAUGGAUGUCCUGCUGGCUGCUUCUCACCUACAUUUGAACUCUGUUGUUAAAGCAUGUAAACACUACCUUACUACCAGGACACUGCCAAUGUCUCCACCUAGUGAUAGAGUUCAAGAGCAAAAUGCACGUGUGCAAAGAUCUUUCAUGCUUCAGCAGCUUGGAUUAAGCAUUGUGAACUCUGAGUUAAAUUCCACUCAGAGCACAGAGGAACAACCAAAUACCAUGAACGCAUUGAUAAGAAGUAACAUAGAGCAACGCACUAUUUUUCCUAUCCGGCAUCUCCACAAGUGUAAGCAGUCUUCUGAUGAUCGUGCCAGACAGCGAAUCAGACCUACAGUAGAUGAGUCCAUUUCAGAUGUUACUCUAGAGAGUGGGCAGUCAGUAAUUCACUCACGAGAAGAUUUUUUUUCACCAAAUUCACUAAAGAUUGUGGACAAUUCUAAGGCUGAUGCUGUUACUGAUAAACAGGAGAAUAAUACUAUUAUGUUUGAUCAAUCUUUCAGUGCUCAGGAAGAUGCUCAAGUGCCCAGCCAGUCAAAUAGCGGAGGAAGCAUUUCACAGAUAUCCAUCACAUCCCAGGUAAUACAAGUGGAAAACAGUUUUGAUCAAAACACUACUUCUGAGAAAAACAGCUUCUCAUGUGAAAAUACAGCAGUCAGUCUAAAUGAAAAAGAGCAUGUAGGGGUGGUGGUUAAAUCUGAGCCUUUGAGUUCCCCAGAGCCUCGAGAUGAAGCGAGUGAUGUCACUUCUCAAGCAGAAGGCAGUGAGUCUAUUGAAGUGGAAGGAGGAGUAGUGAACACAGAGAAGAUAGAACUGAGUCCUGAAAGCAGUGAUCGCAGCUUUUCUGACCCACAGUCUAGUACUGAUAGGGUAGGAGAUAUCCAUAUUAUGGAGGUGUCAAAUAACCUAGACCACAAGUCCACUUUCAGUAUCUCAAAUUUCCUGAAUAAAAGCAGAGGUGGCAACUUUGGUGCUAGUCAAAAUAGUAAUGACAACAUUCCAAAUACAACAAGCGACUGCAGAAUCGAUGGUGAUGCCUCUUACCUAAUGAGUUCAGAGUCUGGGGCUGCUAAUGGUCAUCCCUCUGCUACAGUUUCUCAUGUAGAGAAUCAAUUCAGUGAGCCUGCAGACUCUCAUUUUGUUAGACCAAUGCAGGAUGUAAUGAGUCUUUCUUGUGUACAGACUUCUGGGUACCGAGCUGGAGAACAAUUUGGUAUGGAUUUUCCAAGGUCAGGCUUGGGCUUGCACUCUUUGUCAAGGACAGUUAUGGGUUCUGUAAGAGGUGGCGCUAGUAGCUUUUCUGGAUAUCGUCGCAUAGCCCCCAAAAUGCCUGUUGUGACCUCUGUCAGGAGCUCCCAGCUGCAAGAUAACUCGUUCAAUUCCCAUCUGUUAAUGAAUGGGGCCACUUCUUUUGAAAAUGGAAAUCCUUCACAACCAGGUCCACCACAGUUGACAAGGGCAUCUGCAGAUGUUCUUUCAAAAUGUAAGAAGGCCUUAUCUGAGCACAAUGUCUUGGUUGUAGAAGGUGCUCGCAAAUAUGCCUGUAAGAUCUGCUGCAAGACUUUUUUGACUCUAACAGACUGUAAGAAGCACAUCCGUGUGCACACAGAAAAAAAGCCUAGUCAGUCCAGCCAUCUAUACAAACAUUCCAAAACAACCUGUCUGAGGUGGCAGACCAGCAAUCUACCCAGCACUUUGCUUUAAUCUCCCCUGUGUCCUAGCCCCUAUGAGAAUGCCAAUAUAAGCUUUUAAGAGUCUGGAGUAUUUCAGGAAUAUUAAUGCUAUUUUAUUCAAGGCUGAAGGUUAAGGAGCUGCUGUUGUAGAUUAGUAAAUACUUGCGUGUGAUUGUGCUACAUACAAAACAAAGUCUUGGUUCUGUAAAUUUGGGAUAAUACCAUAAUUGCCUCACAGGAGUGUUGUGAGGCUUAAACAACUGUUAGUGAACCACUUUAAGAACCUCAGAAGGAGG